AUGCAGAUGACAGCCAAGAAGACUCAGUCACAACUACUACGCACUAAAUACAAACAGACGUGGAUUAUUAUUAGAGACCUCAGAGGGAAGAAGUUUAACUUUGGGAAGAUUCUCUUCAGCAACACCACCAUUUUCCUGAGAUUUGAAGGAGAUGAAAAAGCUUGUGAUCCCUCCCAAAGUUACAAUGUUACUUGGUACUUAAGAUAUUCUGACUGCUACAAUGAAGUCUUCAACUUUGGGGAUGAACAGGCAGAUAACUAUUUUGGGACUACAUUUGAAGAACAUCCGGGUUGGUCAGGAUACUAUGCCACGGGUUUUCUCCACUUUCGUAAUUGCUCUACGCUCUUCAGGCCUCAGAUUUUCUAUAAAGAAUUUGUUCAUCCAGAGCCUCUCUCACCUGACAAACAAGAGGGACUAAAAGAAAAGAAGGAGAGUGGAGGAAAUCACACAAUGGUGGCAGAUAAACCUACAAUGAAUGCAGUUAUGAAAACUUGGCGAGAUGGGCCAUAUAUAUUUAUUAUUGAAGUUAAGGAUUCUAAUACUAAUGUUAAAAGAACGGAGAAAACACCACCUUCCUCAGAUCAAAAUAAGCCCUUUACAAUGACGGUAGAACUGAAGGGGCCGUAUGAGUAUCUUUCACUUGCAGACUAUCCUCUGAUGAUUUUUUUCAUGGUGAUGUGUAUUGUGUACGUAUUCUUUGGGGUUCUGUGGCUUGCAUGGUCGGCCUGUUACUGGCGGGAUCUCCUGAGGAUUCAGUUCUGGAUUGGUGCUGUUAUCUUCCUGGGAAUGCUCGAGAAAGCAGUUUUCUAUGCAGAGUUCCAGAAUAUCCGUUACACAGGGGAAUCUGUUCAAGGGGCAGUAAUACUGGCAGAACUGCUUUCUGCUGUGAAGCGCUCAUUGGCUCGAACUCUGGUCAUCAUAGUCAGCCUGGGAUAUGGGAUAGUCAAGCCUCGUCUGGGAGUUACUCUUCACAAAGUAGUUAUGGCUGGAGCCCUUUAUCUGUUAUUUUCUGGCAUGGAAGGUGUUCUUAGAGUCACAGGGGCCCAGAAUGAUCUUGCCUCCUUGGCUUUUAUUCCCCUGGCUUUCCUAGACACUGCCCUGUGCUGGUGGAUAUUCAUCAGCUUGACUCAAACAAUGAAACUGCUGAAACUUCGAAGGAAUGUUGUGAAACUGUCUUUGUAUCGGCACUUCACCAACACGCUCAUCUUGGCAGUAGCAGCAUCUAUUGUUUUUAUCAUCUGGACUACCAUGAAGUUCAGGCUGGUGGACUGUCAGUCGGACUGGCAGGAGCUAUGGGUGGAUGAUGCCAUCUGGCGUUUACUGUUUUCAAUGAUCCUUUUUGUCAUUAUGAUUCUGUGGAGACCAUCUGCUAACAACCAAAGGUUUGCUUUUUCACCACUGUCUGAAGAGGAGGAUGAUGAUGAGCAGAAAGAGCCAAUGUUAAAGGAAAGCUUUGAGGGAAUGAAAAUGAGGAGUACAAAGCAAGAACCAAAUGGGAAUGUAAAAGCAAACAAAGCUCAGGAGGAUGACCUGAAGUGGGUAGAGGAGAAUGUUCCUUCAUCAGUGACAGAUGUUGCUCUUCCAGCUCUUCUAGAUUCAGAUGAGGAAAGAAUGAUUACACACUUUGAAAGGUCCAAAAUGGAAUGAAGGAGUAGCUUUUUGCUAUUGGAAGUGGAGACGCCUCUCUUAAAGUUGCUUUGUGGAGCAAGUGCAUCCUGCUGAUUUGUUUCUUGAUCUCAGCCUUGGAAGUUUGAUGCUUUAGUGUCAUGAGGGCGUCUUGAUGUGAAAGAAGUUCACAAGGACAUUAUAAGCCUUUUGGAAAUUUGAAUUUACAAAGUUGCUGCAAGUUUGGAUUUUUAAGCAAUUUAAAUGUGUACUAUUCCAGCACCUUCUGUAACUUUUCAAAUAUUUAAUCUGUGAAACUAAAAUUCCUAAUAUCUGCUUG